AAAAGGUACUUCCUUUAGUUUAACGUUUUCCAACUCAACUACAUGUGUUGUUACAUGAGUAGAACAUAAUUUCCAUUAGGCGGAAACAGACUCGCCAUACAGUCAGUGUGAUUGGUAAGACCUCGUCUGAAGAAUGGAUUUCACCGUCACAAAUGUGUCGUUGUGGUUCUCAGUAAAUGGGAUUUGAGUCUGAUUCCUUCACAAUAACAGGAAGCUUGUUCGAGACGGAGGCGGCUCGACAGGAGAAAAACCCUGCACCGGCUGUAAGAAAUGACGAGGAGUCCUGAAUUAUUGGAGCAGAGACACAUGAGCUUAUAAAGGCUACAGAUCUGUGAGCUAGUGAGAUGGAGGAAGCGUACAGUGAACUGUACCAGCAGUUUCUCCAGCUGAGGUCACUUUGCCUGAGACAGGCAGCUCUGUUACAUCAACUCACAACAGCUCUGCAAAAACAACAAGGCAAUGCGGCUCCUAAUGGAGAGUUGAGUGAGAUGAUGUCCAUCCCUGUCCAGUUUACACAAGAAAUCCCUACAUAUCUCCAUGAAAAGCCUCAACCACUAACAGCCACUGCACAUGCCCCCGCAGCACAGCGUGGAGUCGAUCGCCCCACUAGAAGACUAGAGACUUUCUCUGAUCUCCUUGCUGACGAUAUGUCCAAGCUCUGUGUGGAUGUGCCUCGUCAGAGAAAUGAAGAUGGGGAAUUGGAGCAAAAGGUUGCACCCCUGUUAAGCAUGGACUCCUCAAAGUGGCGAGGAGCCUCUUCCAGUGUCUCAAAAAAUGUGGGAGCAGAUCAUCUUAAUGGAGACAGGGUGAUGCACACAGUGAGGAUGACUGCGACGGACCAUCCCUCCAUGGUCUGUGACUUCUUGUGUCAGUCUGACCGGAUGCUGAUGUCAGACGUGGCGCUGCAGUCUCACAUUUGUGAGUUUUGCCAGGCGGUCUUCCCCGGAGACACGACCACCAGAGGAGAGUUCCUACGUCACCUUUACACCCACGUCACCUAGACUAAAGUGAACCAUCUUUUUAUCCCGACAUAUGAGUUAAGUGUUCAUAUGAUGUGCUGUGAUGGAUAACUCAGUUACCCUGAUGUCUGGGAACAGCAUUGAAGUUGACAUGUUGUUCAUAUGCUGUUUGUCUUUGGAUAAACUGUGCAGAUCUGGAGGCUGGCAGCAUUUUCUGUCUCUGAGAUGUAAAAUGAAAAGCGGAAAUAGACUUCCUAUGCUUCAACUGUGUGAGAAAACAUUAAGAUACUGUGUUUUUAAAGGCUCUGUUCGCAUACCUCUACAGUACUAGUAUGUAGCCCUGGUUUUAUUUGAGAUUUAUGUCCUAAUAUAAUGGCAAUCAGUUUUUAUUGGGACUAUUUCUUCGAUAGACUAUUUUUUGUUUAAUUUGUGUGUUUAAUUCAUUUAUGACAUGUGUUUCACAGAGAGAAAGCCUAGCAUUAAGUACUCACUGCUCUCUCUGUAGAUUCAGCUUGCAACCAUUACAUAUGUCCUGAAAUAUAUUUAUAAUUCAUCCUACUUCUUCUACUUCGGUGACUAUGGUGCCCAGACAACAGAGACGCUGCUCUACAGUCUGAGAUAAACAGAGAUUACAUGUGUUUGAAGGACACCCACAUCCUGAUGCUUGCAUGGAACAAUGUAUAGAAGUAGCCUAUCCUCAGGAGAAUAAAACAUUGAAAUGAAGUGUGAUGUUCAAGCAAAAUUGGCCUUCUAUUCUCUCUUCUGAGUUUUAUUGUUGUUUCUGGGCCAGAAGGACAGGAAAGUAAUUUUGUUCUGUUAUUGGACUCAUUGUGUGCUGUUUAUUAGUUAUUAGCAAAUGUAGUGUCAUCUUUGUUACAUCGUCAUGAAAGGGUUGAAAUGCGUUCAUUAGUACUGUCCAGUAAAUAGUGCACCUUUA